CCAGUCAUUUUUUUUGUUAUUUCUUUUUUUUUUUUUUUUUUUUUCAAUAUCGAAUGCUGCGGCUGAUCGCUUCUCCAGCAUCGCGCUCUGCCCUCGCCAAUGCGCGUGGCAUUGCGACGGCGGCGCCUGCACUCAACGCUGCUGCCGCUGCUGCGACUGCUGCGACUGCCAAGCCGCCGCGCACGUAUGGCAACCUCAAGGACUCGGACCGCAUCUUCACCAACCUGUAUGGCCGCCACGACUGGGGCAUCAAGGGCGCGCUCGCUCGCGGCGACUGGUACAAGACCAAGGAAAUCCUCCUCAAGGGCCAUGACUGGAUCCUCAACGAAGUCAAAAAGUCGGGUCUCCGUGGACGCGGCGGUGCUGGUUUCCCUUCCGGCUUGAAGUGGAGCUUUAUGAACAAGCCGUCGGACGGCCGGCCAAAGUACCUCGUCGUCAACGCUGACGAGGGUGAACCAGGCACCUGCAAGGAUCGCGAAAUUAUGCGCCACGACCCCCACAAGCUGGUCGAGGGCUGCUUGAUUGCCGGUCGCGCAAUGGGCGCUCGCGCUGCGUACAUUUACAUUCGUGGCGAGUUUUACAACGAAGCUUCCAACAUGCAAGUCGCCAUCCACGAGGCGUACAAGGCUGGCUUCCUCGGCAAGAACGCGUGUGGUAGCGGCUAUGACUUUGAUGUCUUUAUGCACCGUGGCGCUGGUGCCUACAUUUGCGGCGAGGAGACUGCACUCAUCGAGUCGCUCGAAGGCAAGCAGGGCAAGCCGCGCCUGAAGCCCCCGUUCCCCGCUGAUGUCGGUGUCUUUGGCUGCCCCACCACCGUCGCCAACGUCGAGACUGUGGCCGUGGCACCCACCAUCUGCCGACGCACUGGCGAGUGGUUUGCCUCGUUUGGCCGCGAACGCAACCAGGGCACCAAGCUGUUCUGCAUCUCGGGCCAGGUCAACACACCAGUCACAGUCGAGGAGGAAAUGUCCAUCCCCCUGAAGGAGCUCAUUGAGCGACACGCCGGCGGCGUCAUUGGCGGCUGGGACAACCUGCUCGCCAUUAUUCCCGGCGGCGCCUCCGUCCCGCUGCUCCCCCGCAAGAUUUGCGACGACGUUCUCAUGGACUUUGACGCGCUCAGGGACGUGACCAGUGGUCUUGGUACCGCUGCCGUCAUUGUCAUGAACAAGCAAUCCGACGUUAUUCGCUGCAUUUCUCGUCUGUCCGACUUUUACAAGCACGAGAGUUGCGGUCAGUGCACACCAUGCCGCGAAGGUGUCGGCUGGCUCGCCAAGAUCAUGAAGCGCUUUGUUGACGGCAACGCCAAGCCUGCAGAGAUUGACAUGAUUGAAGAGCUCACCCGCCAAAUUGAAGGCCACACUAUCUGCGCAUUGGGCGACGCUGCUGCCUGGCCCGUCCAAGGCCUUAUUCGCCACUUCCGCCCCGAGAUUGAGUCUCGCAUUGCCACCUUCCAGCAACAAAAGCAAGAGGCCAAGCAACGGCAUGCGGCUGAAAAGGCUGCCAAGCUCCAAGCUACUGCAUAAAGAAGUGCUUCUGCCCCCGCGCCUCCUUGUACCUUUUCUGGCAUGUGUGUGUGGGUGUGGGUGUAGGUGGUCAAAGAGGCCCUACUUUGACUUUUGUUUUUUCUGUUUGUUUUUUUUUUUUUUUUCCUUUAUGCAAAGUCUUGUGUUGUAACUGGCCGUUUGAUGUAUGGGUUUUGUUCUUUAUGUGUGUGUGUGUGUAACAAUGAAAUAACUUCAUCCUUU